CCUUUUGCUGUGCAUCCCACUUUUGCAAUGCCGCUCUUCGUGAUUUCUUCACCACCUCCCGUACAAGGGGAUCACCACCUCCGCCUGCAUUGUGCUCGUGUCGCGCUGGCGCCCAACUUCGUCACCUGGGUUACUGUGACGCAGAAGAUCCGAGGGGUUUAGCAGAGGAACAAGUCGGUUUGAGGCGGCGACCUACCUGUAAUUGAGGCUAUGUUGUCGUAGCUGUCUCUAAUUCGAAGUUCGAGGGCUUAUGCUGCUUGGUGCUUUGGAAAAGACAUUGAGCCUACCCGCAGGGAUGGCGGCGAGCCUUCGCCUGUUUAUCACUGUUCCUCCUGUAACAAGCCACACUGGAAUUAAAGGAAGAGAACUGGAGCACGGUUUGAAGAAUUUUCGAUGUGGGUCACAAAGAGUUGUCGUUUGUGCAGUUGUGGAGAAGGUGCAAAGAGUCUGUGAUAAAGUAAAUGGAAGAUACGCAAUUCGUGAUGCUGCAGCUCCUGGCCAAGGAGGGGGUGUAAUGGACAGACCAACCAUUGAUAAGCCCACUCCAGGUCGUGAGAGCGAGUUUGAUCUAAAGAAGAAGAAGAAAAUGUCACCUCCAUAUCGUGUCAUGCUCCACAACGACAACUUCAAUAAGCGUGAAUAUGUUGUCCAAGUUCUGCUGAAGGCUAUCCCCGGAAUGACCGUUGACAUUGCUGUGAAUGUCAUGAAUGAGGCUCACAUCAACGGUAUUGCAGUUGUUAUAGUGUGCCCUCAAGAAGAUGCCGAGGACUAUUGUAUGCAGCUGAGGACGAACGGCCUCCUAAGUUCUAUUGAACCCGAUACUUGUUAAUCACUUGUUAGGGUAGACCUUUGAGUGUAAAGUAUAUAGACGUAAUCUGUUUGGUAGAAAAAAUGAAAGAGAGGACGAAAGGCCCUGCUUACAGAAAUGCUGGGCUCAUGCUAUAUGGGUUUGUCGCUGUGCACUGAUACCUUCACUGUCAUGAAUGCAAAUUCUUUACGAGCUUUUUUUUAUUUUAUUUU